AUCAAAGUAAAAAUCUGAUUUCGAAAUUCAGAUUGGCUCUAGUAAUGAUCCGCUAAAAUUAAAAAAUUCUCUCUCUCUAGUUGAGCGAAGUAUAUAUAUAUAUAUAUAUAAAAGAAUCGAUUAGCCCAAAGAUACAUGGGGUUAUGUUGGCAAGUGCUCUCAAGGAUGGAUAGUGGCGUUAGUUGUCAGUUUAAACGUGUUUGAAUGUGUCGCUUCUUUAUUAUUGCCUGAGUGUAUAAGAUGAAUAAUUCGCCGAACAUUCUGAGAUCGUGGUGGUAAAUCACUAACAGUCUAAAGGAUAAGUAAACACAUUGGGACAAUGCCGCGCAGCAGUAAAACGAUGAUGAACAACAGCAAAUUGCCAUGCUACAGUGUACCGAGUACAAAACUAAAGAAUGUGAUAUGUGUCGCUUGCAAAAACAUGUUUCGUAUACCAGAUAUAUUGAAUCUAAAUGGCUUAAUACUAAAAGGACAUAACAUACCUCUGUUAUUGGACUGCGGACAUCCAAUAUGUAAUAAAUGUAUCCAAACUGCGAAACUUGUAAAUUGUCCUGAUUGUAAUGAAGCCAUAGUUAACCAUGAUAACAAUCAGAAAUCCUUGUUUCCAUUGAAUUUGUAUACACUGGGUCGUAUUGUUUCUUCUUAUCAUAAUCUGUUAGAAAAUGAAGAUGAAGAGUUUCAAUUCUGUCAUAAAUUAUCUGCACAGAUGCGUAAUAUAAUAAAACAAGGAUGUUGCUACGAAUGUGGAAACAAAGUCAAUGUGAAAUGUAUUCAAUGUACGGCUCUCUAUUGCCAUUACUGCUACGCAAAAAUUCAUGGAAGGGCAUUACAAAAUCACAUACAAAUUCCAAUAUUUGAUGGUGAUCCCAAUAGUCCAGCUGCCAUGUUAAAUAGCUGUUCACCCACAUGUACUGAAACAUUAAGCUAUUUUUGUAAUAACUGUAACGUGGCAUCUUGUUCAACUUGCAUUUUACGCUUCCACAAAGUGCAUAAAUUUGUGCCUUUAUCAGAAAAGAAUGAGACUCUGUUACCCGAGUUCAACGAGGUCUGCAAGCACAUUGAAGAUACUCUGCUGCGAGUUGCCCAGACAAGUGAGAAAGUAAAAUCAGCCUUGACGUCUAAUGUACACGAACUGGAAAAUAGCGAUGCCGUGGAGGCGAAAAUCAGCCAACAUUUCGCAUAUCUACACGGCGUUCUUCAAAGCAUGGAAAUGAGAUUGAUGAGCCAGCUGCAUCAGCGGACUGAAAAUAUCAAGAAUAAUUUAAAAGACAUUCAAACACAACUUCAAUCGCAGGAAGAAUCGUUGGGAGUGAUGUUGAAGAUGGCCUCUUACGCAAAACAGAUCUACGAUAAGGUGGACGUACAAAAUACAAUACAGAUUUUGAAAGAAAGUACGGAUCUCCCUUGUCACUUGCUGCACAAGGAUACAGGCGAUAACGAUAAAGCAAUGUUCACCGUCGAUAAUUCGAUAGUUACGUACAUAAAAAAUCACUGUACAAUUCAAGUACCACCCGCAAAAUCCUACAGUCUCGUGGCAACGGAUGAGUUACCGAAGAAUUACAUAAUAUCGCCUUUAAAGAAAAAGCCGGAAGUCUCAAAGAUCUUAAGCGAAUUAUUGAUUCCACCAGUAACGAAAAUAAGUAAUGCAUCGACAGCAUCGAUCAAAUCAGAAAAUACAGAAAAUAAAGAAAAUAAAGAAAAUAAAGAACAAGAAGAUACUUUGGCGAACUUGGUAGAGGUGACUUGCGUUAUUAAUCCAUCACUUUUCUAUGUUCAAAAAGUGGCGUCAAAAUCGGAAUUUAUGAAAUUGGAAACAGAUUUGAUAAAGUACGGAAAAGAAAGCGUAGAAUCGCCGAUCACUAUCGAAAAGGACGACAUGUGCAUCGUCAAGAAAGAAAAAAAGAAAGAGAUAAAAUGGCGUCGAGGACGCGUGACUUCGACGUUGAAGAUUGACAAUGAAACAAAGUACUGUGUAUUUUAUAUUGAUUACGGCUACGAGGAACGCAAUAUACCAUCUUCGCACGUACGAGGCAUCGCUGAACAUUUGCGGGAAUCACCACCGUACGCGAUUAAAUGCUGUUUACACGGUAUAGUGUCCAAAAAUAAUCGUUGGACGAAUAAAAGCAUUAAUGAUUUUUUGAAGCUGACGAGAGAAUCUACGGUUACUAUGUUUGUAAUUGAGUCUACUCCUGACAUGCUGUAUGUAGAUCUUUGUGUUUCUUCAAAGGAUAAUAAAAUGGGUCCGCAAUCGAUGUGUAACACAAUGAAAGUCAUGGAUUACGCACGUUUGGACAAUUCGCAAACGAUAUUGAACACCACUUUUAUGUACACCAAAGAAGAACUUCCGUUAAAUAAGGGAACAUCGGUUGCUAUUAGCUGGAUUGAAUCACCAGAUGAAAUUUAUGUCACGAAGUUAGGACAACGGAAAGAUAAGUUAUCAAAAGUUAUCGGCCAGUUAAAGGAGCAUUAUGAAAAAGACACUUCAACGAAAACGAUUGAUACCCUUCAGAAAGGUUUACCAUGUGCUGUGCAAUUAGAAGAUGGUACUUGGCAACGUGGUGAAAUCAUUAAUGUAAUUAGUGCAGAUACAGUUCAAGUGUUUUGUGUGGACUGGGGCUGUAAUUUGAUUUUAAAUCGUGAUUGCUUAAGAGAAAUUCCACAUAAAUACACUAUGUAUAACGCACAAGCCAUCAGAAUGUCAUUAAUGUAUAUAUAUCCUGAAGUCGAUGGAAGCUGGAAAUCAAACGCUUUCUCAAUGUUGAAGAGUAUCUUCUCCCGUGCAAAACAUGUUUCAGCGUUUCCUCAAGCAAAAGUAGAGAAUAUAUAUAAAGGUUUAAUUUUCUGCGAUAAUUCAGAUAUAAGUCGGUUAUUAAAAAGUGCAGGUGUCGUCAAUAGAAAUGCAGUGAAAUUUCCAAAAAGAAAACAACGUCUCCAAUUGUCUCUUGACCAUACUCUUCCGUCAUUGAAGAAUGUGAAUAGUAUCGUCAAAGACGAUUCAUCGAACAAUACGACGAAUGCGGACAAACCCGUUGAAAAGAAUGAAAUAACUAAGGAUCCUUUCAAAAUGGAAGUGCGUGUACAACAGGUGAUCACACCGGACUGCAUCUACGUUGCGCAAACGGAGCGCGAGAAAUCCAACGGAGAAAUGAUGUCGGCGAUGCAAAAAUUCUACAAUUCCUAUUGCUCCGAAUUGCGAGAUAAUUGGAGCGAGGGUGCGCUAUGCGUUGUAUACUCCGCAAAAGAUAAAUCUUAUUUCCGUGCGAAAAUUUUAAAAAUAAAAUCCCUGAAGGAGGUGCUGGUGUUUUUCUACGACAUGGGCAUUGAAGAGACAGUAAUGUUAAAGGACAUACAGAUUUUGCAUCAGCAAUUCGCAAAGGAAGCGGCGUAUUGCUUUAAAAUCAAACUGGCUGGCAUCUGGCCGUGCGGCGGAUCAUACACGUGGCCAUCUCUGUCUUGCAUAACGCUGUCUGAUAUUAUACGAGAAAAUGCGUUCUGCAAAUUUUACAUCACUAAACCCGUUCAAGAAGAAGUUGGCGAUGAUGUAGUACCUGUCGAACUUUGGGUAAAGCAGACUAAAAUACCAGGACCGUUAGCUCCAUCUCAAAUAGAGAUUAAUUCUAUCAACAGAAUGUUGGUGGAUAAGGGAGUUGCGUUACCUAUUAAAAACUAUUUUGCAAAAGCAGAUGUAACGCUUGCUACAGAAUUUAAACGACAAUUAGAGUCUAAUCAUCAGUCUAUGCUAAUUGAAGAAAAAGAGGAAGAAGAAGUGAAAUGGCUUAACAAAGUUAGCACUGAUUGCAAGGAAAUAAAUGACACGAUACUGUCACUUGAUUCAUCAAGCCGCAUCUCUAGCGUUGAUACCUUUAAUGAUUUAAUCAACAAAUAUCAGGUUUGCGAUAAGACAAAUCAAGAUUGUGCAACGGAGAUAUCCCAGUGGCUACCGCCGUCUGAAAUAACGGAGGAAGUAUUCCACGCCAUACCGACAUACGUGGAUAACAACUGCGCUGUGUACUUGCAUCCUAAAAAAAGUAGUGCUGACGUAAUUAAUUAUAUCGAAUCUGAGUUGCAAGUUUGUUACAAAAAAGCAAAGCGGCAUAUAAAGAAAGACAAGAAAUGGAAAGAGGGAGAUUUGUGUAUUGCUCAAUAUCAUCAUGAUAUGAAAUGGUACAGAGGUAGAAUUGUUCGAAUUUUAGGUAAUAUACUGAAGGUGGAAUUUGUUGAUUAUGGCAAUGUGGAAGAAUGCGAAAUAGAACAUGUGACGGAUUACAUCAGAUUGAAUUACAUUCCUAUUCAAUGCACAAAAUGCGUCAUCAGUGGCUUGGGACCGGCGACUGAGAGUGGUAAAUGGCUUUUGCACGAUUUAGAUCGAAUACAUGCGCUACUUGUUGAUAAAGUAUGCAAAGUGUCCGUUUUAGAGCGACUACCUACGCACUUGAUCCGAUAUCCUUGGUAUUUGCAGGUAUCAAUAACAUUGUUACAACCAUGGAAAUGCGACCUCCUAUUGUACUUGGCAAAUCAUAUGGACAUGAAUAUCAAGAUUGAACGUAAGGAUUGGAACGAUGUAAGCAAAGAUGGAACUUUGGACGCUAUUCAGGACAUUGAUAUCGAAGAGGUGGAGAAAAUCCCUUCAGAGAGAACUUUCGAAAUACUUCCCCAAGAUGCUACGUUUAAUGAGCAUGUGAUCAGUGGCAAUUUAGCGGAGUCAUCUAAAUACAAUAAUGAUAAAUUAUCUAAAUACAAUAAUGAUAAAGAGAUAUCCGAUAUUGAAAGUAUGUCAGAUAUCUCGUUAGAGGCGCUUUUUUUGGACGACCAACUUAAAUGCUCAACGCCGCAACAAGAAUUGGAGGAGUUUUUUGGCGUAUAUAAACAGUUGACCAUUCCGCAAGAGACGAAAUAUAUCGAAUUAAUAUUAUGUUGUAACGACAAUCCUAUUACCUCAUUCGCACAAUUGGCAGAAAACAAGGACGCUAUAUUCCCUAAUAUAUUUCAUGAGUAUUAUCUGCAGUAUAAAUCCAUGAUGUCUGAUUUGCAAAGCGAUGCUUGUCAUCAACCGUUAAUCGAGUCUUUUGAAAAAAAUACUCCAUGCAUAACAAAGUUUUCUGACAACAUGUGGUAUAGGUGCAUCAUCACAGAUAGUGAAAAAAUUCCAGACACUCAAUGUAUACGGAUUUUAUUAGUUUUUGUUGAUUAUGGCAAUAAUGAAUGCAGAGAUGUAGAUGUAUUCUCCAAGAACCACGAUUUACGUGUACCGAAACAAGAAUGGCUGGAAUUACCUGCCAUGGCUAUUAAAUGCACAUUUUGGGGACUAAACUUCAUCGCUAAUGACAUAAAAUUAUUAGCAUCAAAAUUAAAUCAAAUAUUCAAUCAGCCAGUUGUGGCUCGAAUUAAGGAAAUUAACAAUGAAACUGAUUUGGUGGUGGACAUGUUCAAGGACAAAACAUGUAAAGAACUACUUUACGCUCACUUGAUAAAAGAAGGUUUAUAUCAAUUUAAAAAAUCUAAAGAAGAUUGAAAAACAGCUUUCCGAUGAUAAAUCUUUAAUAUUAAUGAAUUAUUAAUGAAUUAUUAAUGAAUAAAUAA